AUGGCCACUUCUACAUCGUUUGGUGGGGUAAACUCAGGGAUCCAGACAAGUAUUUUGAAUGGCACGGUGAAUGCGCAGUUCCAUCUUCCCCCAGUGCGUCCAGAAACUCCACCAACUCCUCUAUCGACCGUGCCGUUCCGUCGCGACCCAGAGUUUGUCGACCGUGGAACGCUAUUCGAUCAGAUACAUGAAAAAGGCUCUGUACCGGGAUCUCGGAUCGCACUUGUCGGCCUAGGUGGUGUUGGAAAAUCGCAACUUGCUAUCGAAUACUGUUAUCGAGUUCGAGAUCAAUCGCCAGAGACAUGGGUUCUCUGGAUUCACGCCAGCAAUGCAACUCGCAUCGAGCAAAGCUGUAGAGACCUUGCCGAUCGACUUAGGAUACCCGGUCGGCAGGAUCCCGAGGCGAACGUAUUCAAACUCCUUCAUGAUUGGCUUAAUGACGAGAGGAAAGGGAAAUGGGUCCUCAUCCUUGACAAUCUGGAUGAUGAGAAAUCACUACAUACCCCUUCACCGGUCGUACCGGACGGCCUAGGGAAUGACCAGAGUGGGACGCCAGGACGAUCUAUCUGGGCAUACCUCCAAGAGAAUCUAAAUGGCUUAAUCAUCAUAACAAGUCGGAGCAGACGCGUGGUAUCACGCAUGGUGGAAGAUAGUGAUAUCAUCCCAGUUGAACCGAUGGACGAAACGCAUGCAAUAACACUCUUUGAAAAGAAGCUUGGAGCGCAAGCUGCCAGUGAAGACGUCAUUCAACUGACUGCGGCUCUCGAGUUCAUGCCGCUUGCGAUUGUGCAAGCCGCGGCCUAUAUCAAGCAACGAUUACCGCGCCUAUCAGUCACACAAUAUUUGGAAACUUUUCGAAGAAGCGACCACCAGAAGACAAGUCUUCUUCAAUACGAAGGGGGGCAGCUUCGCAAGGAAUUUCCGACAGUCUUCUUCGAGAUGAGAAGGAGACGAAACACAAAAUAUGCGAUUUUUUCUGUCUCCAACGAGGAUCUGAGAAUGGAUGCCAGUGAUGGGGAAAGCAGCGCAAGUGACAGCGUUGUUGACAAAUUUGAGGACGAUAUAUUGGUGUUAAAGGAAUACUUGCUGAUAUCCAUCAGUCCGGACGAAACAAAGUUUGAGAUGCACCGCCUUGUCCAACUUGCUAUGCAGGAAUGGCUCAGGGCGCAUGGACAGCUUGAAAAAUGGCAGGGACAGUUCAUCCGAAUCCUUUACAGCAAAUUCCCAUUAGGCACAUUUGAGAACUGGCCAAGGUGCCAAUUACUAUUUGCUCACGUGCAAAAUGCAGUUGCACACCAGCCAGAUACAAAAGACUUGUUAGGAGAAUGGAUCUCACUGCUUCAGCAGGCAGCAUCGUUUGCCCUCACCCGAGGAAAUUUUGUCGACAGCCGAAGAAUGGCCCACAAAGCAGCAAUUGGGCAGGCAAAAUUGUUCGGUCCAGAUAAUAAAAAGACGCUAGAUAGCUUUGAAAUGCUUGGGGUAGCAUAUAUCCUUGGAGGCCAAUGGAAGCAAGCCGAAGAACUACAGUUACAAGUGAUAAAGACCCACAAGCAGGUCUUAGGACCAGAGCAUCCUAAGACUCUGACUAGCAUGAAUAAUCUAGCCUCAAUCUACCAGGAUCAGGGCCGAUGGGGGGAAGCCGAAGAGCUAGGAGUGCAAGUCAUGGAUACCCACAAGCAGGUCUUAGGAUCAGCGCAUCCAGACACUCUGACUAGUAUGAAUAAUCUAGCCUCAAUCUACCGGGAUCAGGGCCGAUGGGGGGAAGCCGAAGAGCUAGGAGUGCAAGUCAUGGAUACCCACAAGCAGGUCUUAGGAUCAGCGCAUCCCAAGACUCUGACUAGCAUGAAUAAUCUAGCCUUUACCCACUGGGAACAGGGCCGAUGGAAGGAAGCCGAAGAGCUAGAAGUGCAAGUCAUGGAUACCCGCAAGCAGGUCUUAGGACCAGAGCAUCCGGACACUCUGAGUAGAAAAACCCGCUCUGCUGUUGAUGAGCUCGUGUUCCUUUGUGCCUAUCAUACCACGUCUGAACUUCUUGGAUAUCGCCAGCCUGAUUAUAUCGGGUCCAUGGUGCUGGAAUUCGGUUUCCAACUCGUUGAGCUUUUUUAUCUUCUCCUUGAGUUCAAAUUCAUUCUUUUCGAGCUUGGAUUUGUCGUCUUUAAUUCCAAGCUCCUGCUUUUCGAAGUCAAGGUCCAAUUCACGACUUCGUAG